UACAUUCCCAAAUCCUCGUCGUUCGGAACCCGAACGAACCACUUGUUUCCUUCUCCAAGCUUUCCCACCCCAAUUUCGUUGGCCCCACAGUUUCUAGGGUUUCAUAAUUUUUCAAAUUCACACUCCUCAUAAUCCCACCCCCCAAUUCCUUCUCUUUUUUUCUUGUUUCGUCUGUUGUUUCUCUUCAGUUUUUAGGUUCUGUACGGGCAUUUUGAUCGUUUUUUCCUUUUUGGUUGUUGUUGUUGUUGUUGUUUGGAUCGUUUUCUGGUGUUGGGAGGUUUAGAAUUUUGUGGGAUUCUUCGAUUAGGGGGAUUGCUGGUUGAUUGGAUUUAAUUUCGUUGAUGUCGUCGAUGGCGGCGGCGUCUUCCUAUUGGUGCUACCGAUGCAGUCGAGCCGUAUUCUUCGCAAUUUGUUUGCUUGCUUCGGUGGAUCAAUGAGGUCCACGGCAUCUACUUCAAGCUCUCCUACUGAUUCUGGUCCUUCAAGGAGUAGUAGACCACUCCCACAUUUCAAUACGGAGCCAAGACAACGGCGGACAUGGUCUAUGGAGGUUAACAGUGGGACAAUGAGCUGGUGAUUUGGGAAUGUCAUUGUUAGCAAGGCUAAUUACGAGAAGUUCUCGCUGGGAUGGGAACUGAGAGAGGCAGGCUUAUUUAUUGCUGUAAAUAGCAGAAUUUCAAUUUCGGGUGGGAAUGGGGCAGUUAUCCCAGCUUUAUAUUGAUAAAAGGCAGAAGGUUUCUCAAGCGAAGAAAGGUUUUUUUCUUUUUGGGUGCUUUAGAAAAGUGAUAUUGCAAUAGAAAUGUGGGAAAUAAAUGCAGUCUUUCGUAAGCAGAUAAAAAAGAGGUGCCUCCUACUGCAUAAGAAAGCUAUGGAGAAUACAAAGUUGAUGUUUAAGUGCUUGAAGUUGCUUUUGUAGAGCAAGGUGCGUGAUCCUAUUAAUAUAGUCUGUUAGAAACCAGUUUCACAGGUGGAGCCUAGAGCACCUGCAAUUCGUAUCAUUACAAUAUCUAUUAUCAAGUAUUGACUACUUAAAUAUGUUGUUAGGCUCAGUUUUUUAAAAUGAUCCGUAAUUUUAAAGAAAUAUGUGAGCUCUUGUGAGGCAUGUGGAUGAAUGUUGCAUCAGCUUAGUUACUUGCUUUGACUAUUGUUUUUCACGCCUUAUGCUUGUAAUGGUGUAUAUUUCUAGAAAUAAAUUGCAUUAUUGCGUUUGUACUGAAGAACUUGCUGUUAAGCAGUGUUGAUA